AUGCCUCGCAUCCGAUACGGUACUACGGCGAAGCGUGAUCGCGAUGGUUAUCGCCAUCAAGAGCUGCUGUGCGCUGGUUUGGAGAAUGAACCCUCAGACAAACCGCGUCGCAUGGUUCAGAUAGGCUCAUCACCGCCGCCUUUCACCACACCACAUGUUCUUGCCACCAAAUCCCGCGCGUUUCGGCAUAACGAGCCGAACUCACCCGGCGCUCUAUCCGCUCGAUCCGUUUCACCACGGGCGUCAAGGAAAAGACGCAUCGUUCUUGUUGAGCGGAAGAACCCUCUUGGUCUACGAUCUUCCUCGCCAUUUUCACCAGACCGCCCACAACAGCCAGCACAUGAAACAAAAACAAACGCCGCGAUGGUUGCUGCUCAUGAGGCGCGAAAAGAACUGCGAAACCCGUUACGGAUGGCUGUACAGCGCCAAGGAUUUGGUCCGAGCUCGCCAAUUGGGACCUUUGCAGGGCAUACGAUCGGGCGGUCUAGCAGUAGCCUUCGCUCAUCCCACAUCGAGCCCUCCAAACACGGCCCGAGAUUUGGAAAACCAAACACAAUCGGCCUCGCACCGCUCGAUUGCCCUUCUCGGCUUCGUGCAGGCUCCAGAGGCAAACACAUUCAAACCACGGAUACCGGCGCGCACAACGAGAAUGCAGACGUCCGUUCAUUGCAAGGUCGUUCCGUGGGAAAAGCUACAAAGCGUGUUAUAGAUGACACGCUCAGUAAAUCAAGGCGUCGGCGCACCAAGAUACAGAGGGUCGAGCUGGGUGGAAAAUUGCUGUCGCCCUCUGCAGAUGAGCCGCUUAGCGAUGUGGAUCACCACCUCAAUUCGCAGCCCGAAGCGGCAGAUCAAUGCUUGACGGUUAGGACUUUCGAUGCCGCGGAUGAGUCCGAGAUCAGCUACUUUCCCACUCUCCUCCCUGUCCAACCAUCACCCGCCGAGUCACGGGAUGGUCUAGAUCACACACACAUGUCACAUCGAAACGCUGCGAAAAAUCUGGUCGCUGGCAUAACCUGCUUGGAUGCGCAGUUGGAGGACGGCGACGCGAGCGUCGGCCUACUCGAUAUGCUCUCUCAGAGCGCGAUGCGAACGAUGGAUGGGCUACAGAAGGCUCAAGCUGCCCCUUCAAUGCAGGAGCAACCAGGUGCAUGUCUCGUCGCGACGGCCGAAUCAUCAAGGUCUGCCAACGUACAGCAUCAAGUCCAAGUCGACUUUGACCCCACCUACUAUACGACUACACAGGCGUGGAAACUUGCAACUUCGUUAGUCACUCGCGAGGUCGAGCGCAACAACUGGACAGCAGUCCAUCCAGACUUGGUCCAAGAGCAGCUGCUAUCCAAGAUGCAUUCGACGGGCCCUGCAAGGAUCAUACGGCCUGCUUUCCGGCCUCCUUCGGCUGGCAUGGUCUGUCAGGAUUUGGGCUUGUCUCUGAAGCAAAUGCAAAGGUCGGCGUUGACGGAUGUUCCUGAUUUCGCCCAGAACAGUCGUUGUGACGCCCACGUUGAAGCGCAAUGUCACGACGAGCAAGACCUUCCCACAUUCGAGCACCGUCUUCGCUUCUCAGGAUACUGUCAACGCUACAGGACCCAUUCCAAGGAAGACGCACAUGAUCUUCCAGUUCUGCAACCUCUCGAAGAAGCUGCCUUUGAAAGGCGAAGACAGACGCGACGCAAAGAAGUGGUCAAAGUCAUUGUACCCUUCUCCGAGCCAUCGCUUUCGGCCCACGCCACCCGCGCUCGAUUCGUCGCUGCGCAUGCCACUGCAGCCUCUCCACCUGAUUCACAUGCAAGCUCCGACCAACUCUUGCUGGUCUGGAUGCAGUCCACCGCGCAUGCCUUCUUCCGCGCUCUGGACAGCAUGAUGCAUGCAGGGUUCGCUCGCUCAACACCGCACAGCAGCAACGGCUUGCAUCGCCCCGGAUCUAUCGAGUCGGUACUUUACCCCUCUCCCAUUCUGCACUACGCUGCACACAUUGAUGGUCUCAAGGUCCCUUCUCACGUGGCGCUGUAUGUGCAUCUGGAUCGCUUGGAAGAAGCGCGGCAUAAGCUAGCGAGAAUCGAGCUGAAUAUCGGUGGCGAAGCUAGUUAUAAGCCAUUCGAAGAUCCGGACGUGCGCCUGCUGGUAACGAGUCUUGGCGGCGAGCCUCUCUGCUUGAUCUAA